AUGAUCCUCCAUCAGUUUGACUAUCUCUUUGCCAUCGGCACCAUCUUUGCCUUUCUGGAUGCUUGGAACAUCGGUGCCAAUGAUGUCGCCAACUCCUUUGCUACCUCCGUGUCCUCGCGGUCCUUGACCCUGUGGCAGGCCAUGAUGAUUGCUACGGUCAUGGAAUUUGCUGGGAGUGUCGGAGUGGGCGCCCGCGUCGCUGACACUAUCCGCACCAAGAUCGUCGACGUCGACCUCUUCGAGAGGGAUCCCUCCAUGCUGAUGUUGGGAAUGGUGUGUGCUGUCAUUGCCUCCUCCAUCUACCUGACCAUCGCGACGCGACUCGGCAUGCCCGUCUCCACCACCCACUCCAUCCUGGGCGGCGUCCUGGGCAUGGGCAUCGCCGCGGUAGGCUCCGACGGCGUCAAGUGGUGGGGAGGCAAUAUCAACUCAGGUGUUGUUCAGGUCUUCCUGGCCUGGAUCAUUGCACCGAUUCUCUCCGGGGCUUUUGGUGCCAUUAUCUUCCUCUUCACUAAGUAUGGCGUCAUGCUGCGGAGUAGCCCCGUGAUGAAGGCUUUUGUCUCCGUUCCGGUCUAUUUUGGUAUCACCUCGGCUUUGUUGACCAUGUUAAUUGUCUGGAAAGGCGGAUCCAGUCGAAUCACACUCAACACCCCCCAGACCGUGGGAGUCAUCAUCGGCGUCGGAGCCGCCGUCGCCCUAUUGGUCUGCAUCUUCUUCCUGCCCUGGCUGUACCAGCGUCUCAUCAAAGAAGACUGGCAAUUGAAAUGGUACCAUCUCUUCCUGGGUCCUCUGGUGCUCCGUCGCAACGACAUCCCCCGAGCUCGCGAGGGCCACUCCAUUGUGCAGAACUACUACCGCGGCCACAAGACCAUGGACGAGCUGCAGGCGGAGCGGGCUGGUCGUCCCUCCUCUGAUCCUGAACAGGGCGUGAGGACCUCCGACCUGGCCAAGGAAAAGGAAAAGGAAAGCCACGCCACUUCCACCGCCGCGGAGAAAUCCGAGCCUUCUACCAGUGCGCCCGCCUCGACCGUCGGCGAGAAAGAAGUCCCAUUCAGCUUCAUCGGUCCUCGACCCCAGGAUAAGGGCUUCUUCCAUCCCGUCAUGCUCUUCUGGCAGUUCCGUCGGUUCUUCUUCCGUGGCGUCGAACAGGACGUUGUCGGUCUGCAGAAGAAACGGAAUAUCCUGACGGGGGAUAUCGAACUUGUUCAUGCCCACGCUACUCACUAUGAUAAUAAAGCAGAACAUAUGUAUUCGUUUCUUCAGGUUAUGACCGCUGCUACGUCGUCGUUUACCCAUGGUGCUAAUGAUGUUUCCAAUGCCGUCGGCCCCUACGCAACAAUCUACUACAUCUGGUCCACUGGCGAACUCCACUCCAAGAGUCCCGUUCCCUACUGGAUUCUUGUCUUCGGCGGCGCCGCUCUGGUCAUCGGUCUAUGGACCUACGGAUACAAUAUCAUGCGCAACCUCGGAAACCGAAUCACGCUGCAUUCUCCGUCUCGGGGAUUCUCGAUGGAAUUGGGCUCCGUGGUGACGAUUAUCAUGGCGACGAGAUUGAAACUCCCUGUCUCAACUACGCAAUGUAUCUCCGGCGCUACUGUCGGUGUUGGUCUGUGUAAUGGGACCUGGAGAACGAUCAAUUGGCGCAUGAUUGCUUGGAUUUAUUUCGGCUGGGUUAUUACUUUGCCUGUUGCCGGGAUAAUCUCAGGUUGUUUGAUGGGGAUUGUUAUUAAUGCGCCGAGGUGGGGGUUGGGGGUUUAA